AUGAAUCCAUCCAAUCAAGAUGGCCGUUUCCAUUGGGUCAUCGAACACCUGGACUUCGUCCAAGAUAAGCGGGGGCAGAAAGUCCUCUGCCUGGGCGAAGAGGCGACGGCAGAGGUGGAUGAUGAAGGGGAUUUGGUGCAGGAGAAGCCGAGACCCGGCGAGAAUCCGUGCAAGAUUGAUGGCGCCACCCGUGCCAAGCUGCUCAAAGAGCUGGACACGCACGACGACGCCAAGUUGCAUGCGGCCUUGGUGAAAAGUGAGGGCGCCCGGAAGCGCUUCAUUGCAGAGCUCCACGCCAAGCGGAACCUGGAGCAGCUCAAGGAGCAGAGCUCGGGGGAGAGAAGGGGACCAGAGUUGAAGAUCCAAUACUGCUUGAGGUGUGUAUCAUAUGCAUCCCAACGGCUACAGAAGGCAGAUGAGGACCGAGAAGCGCGCCUAGCCAAGCUCGAGCUCAUCAAGAAGCAGCAGCACGCGCGGGCAGAAGCGCACAAAGCCUCCGAGGAAGCUAAGAAAAGCACCAUGGCACAGCUGGAAGUGCUGAUGAAGCAAAAAGAGGCCCAGGCAAUCCGUCGAUUGAUCCAAGAGAAGGAUGCCCAAGAUCGAGGCAUGGGCCGAGAGAAGGACGCGGCCCGGCAGCGGCGGAAGAUGCAAGAGCGCUCCGCCGCUGAGGUGCGAGCCAUCGAGGAGGAGCGAGCACAACAGUUGGCUCGGAAGCGGGAUGAACAGGUGGAGAAGCGGCGGGCACUGUUCUUGAAGAAGAACCGCCAGAUUGCGGAAAUCCUGCGGGAGGAGAAGAUGAAAGAGCGGGAGUAUCAGGCGAGGCUUCGAGAACAGAAGGACUUGAUCAUCCAGGAGGUUUGGAAGACCAAGGCCCAAGAACGCCUGGCGCGGGAGGAGAAAGAACGCGAGUUCCAGCGCCUGGAGGAGAUCCGGGAGACGAAGAACGUGGAGCGCGAGCGCCGGCGCGCAAUGGACGAGUUGAAGCAGAUUAGCGCCAUUCGCAAGCAUGCGGAGGAAGAGAAGGAGGCCACUGUCAAGCGGAGGGAGAAGAUGCGGAAGGAAUGCAAUGAGAUCAAUUGUGACUCAUCCCAGGAGUACCUGCUGGAAUUGAAGGUGGACGCCAGCAACAGGGCGCAACAAGCUCGGGAGCAAGCUCGGCGGAAUGAGCGGCGGGAGCAGAAGAUCCAGGAGAGGGAGGAAGCGCGGCUACGGCGAUUCCGCGAGUCCCAGUUCAUGGACAGCAUGCGUGCCACUCGCAGCUUCAUGAAGGAGGGCGAGGGCGAGGAAGGCAACACACUGGAGGAGAGCCAGACAUUGGAAUUGCCCAGAAAACGUGUUCAGGUUUUUGAGGACCUGCAGCGCAAGGGCUUUGAGGCGGAGGAACGCCGGAAGCGUCAGGCCGAGCGGGAGGAGAAGCUCAAGAGAGACGCUCGCCAACACGGCAAAAUGCAACAGUUGAGUGGGAAGAACCCCAACUUGGCGGAACUGAACAGGAUCAAAGUGUGGCGAGCAGAAGACGAAGCCCAGAAGAAGAAGCUGGAGGAAGAUUGGGAUUUGUUGACACUGGUUGAUGCCCGCUUGAAGCGUGAGCUCCAGCGGGAGCAGAACUUGCGGGCGCUGCAUGAGGCGGCGGCCAAGCGCGAGGAGCUUUGGACCCGUUUGGAGGCCAUCGAAAGGGGGGCGCGUCGGGGACUUGUGGUGAGUUGUGGGGAGUUUCAAGGACCGGUACGUGAUUUUAGAGGUUGA